AUGUCCGUUGCUACGAUGCUACAACCCGCUUCGAGAGCCUCGACUUCAUCGUCUUCUUCCUUUCAGCCUGUCACACGCCAAAACACCAUGUCUUCCCACGACACGCGGUCCCUCCGCCAGUCGAAGCGGCUGUCAGUCACUGCGCUGUACAUGUCCAUGAACGCUAAGGACAGGGAUUUGGAUAUAUCAGACGAUCUGGCGAGAGCUCAAAUAUAUCUGCGCGAACUGAAGGCGAAGAUUUCAACGCAAUCGAAGAAGAAUUUCGUCCUGGAAAAAGAUGUGCGGUACUUGGAUUCACGGAUUGCCCUGCUGAUCCAAAACCGUAUGGCUCUGGAAGAACAAAACGAAGUUGCCAGCCACCUCGACGACGCUAUAGAUCCCCAGGAGGGAUUCUUUCCUAACGAUGAGCGAACACAGAAGUACGGUAAUCUCCUCUUCCUUCUCCAGUCCGAACCCCGUCACAUCGCCCACCUGUGCCGCCUAGUCUCCAUGUCCGAGAUCGACUCCCUCCUGCAAACCGUGAUGUUUACUAUUUACGGAAAUCAGUAUGAGAGUCGUGAAGAACAUCUGCUACUUACCAUGUUUCAGUCUGUCCUCACCUAUCAGUUCGACAACACCCCGGAAUACUCGUCACUUUUGCGCCAGAACACUCCUGUUUCCCGCAUGAUGACCACCUACACCCGGCGCGGUCCUGGUCAGAGUUACCUGAAACAAGUCCUUGCCAACCAGAUCAAUGCCCUGAUCGAGCUGCGCGACGUCGACUUGGAGAUCAACCCGCUCAAAGUGUAUGAAACCAUGGUGAAACAGAUCGAAGAGGAGCAGGGCUCGUUGCCAGAAAGUCUUCAGAGAUCUGUUACGGCGGAAGAUGCAGCGGCAAAUGCGCAGGUGCAGGCCAUUAUCGAACCGCGAUUGAAGAUGCUCACCGACUAUGCCAACCGAUUUUUGAACAUAAUCAUCGAGUCCGUGGAAGAGACACCGUACGGCAUUCGGUGGAUAUGCAAGCAGAUCAGAAGUUUGUCUCGACGCAAGUACCCGGACGCUCAAGAUCAGACCAUCUGUACCUUGAUCGGAGGAUUUUUCUUCCUUCGCUUCAUCAACCCCGCUAUUGUCACGCCCCGAUCGUACAUGUUGAUUGAAUCGACGCCCACGGAGAAACCCCGGCGCACGUUGACUCUGAUCGCGAAGAUGCUUCAGAAUUUGGCCAACAAACCUUCGUAUGCCAAGGAGCCGUACAUGGCGAAACUUCAGCCUUUUAUCCAGCAGAACAAGGAACGUGUGAAUAAGUUCAUGCUCGAUCUGUGUGAUGUGCAAGAUUUCUACGAGAGCUUGGAGAUGGACAACUAUGUCGCGCUCUCGAAGCGAGACCUCGAGUUGCAGAUUACCCUCAACGAAAUGUACGCCACACACGCUCUGCUGGAGAAACACAGCUUGGCUUUGGCCCAGGACCAGCACUCCCAUCUCAAUGAAAUCCUGCAGGAGCUUGGUUCUGCGCCAACACAGGUCCCACGGAAGGAAAACAGGACCAUCACCGUGCCCUUGUUUAGCCGCUGGGAGACGUCUCUUGAUGAUUUGACCGCGGCCUUGGAUAUCACCCAAGAAGAAGUCUUCUUUAUGGAGGCCAAAUCCACCUUCGUCCAGAUUUUGCGGUCCCUCCCUCCCAAACACCCGGCAAUGCGUCGUCCGCUACGGCUAUAUCUCAUUGCGGAGAGUGCUGCGACCCUCAAGAACGAUGCGGUGAUGGUCCGGAAAGGAAUCCGUACUAUCGAACUGCUCGAUCAAUUGAUGAAGUUGGGCGUCAUCGAACGUGCCGAUGACUUCAGUCUCCUGCGUGAUGAGGUUGAACAGGAACUGGCGUACCUGGGCGGCUUGAAGGAGAAUGUCUUGAAGGAGACGAAGAAACUGGAAGAAGUCUUUGCCACCAUACGCGACCACAAUGCGUACUUGGUGGGCCAGCUGGAAACGUACAAGUCGUAUCUUCACAACGUCCGCAGUCAGUCCGAGGGCAAGCAGCGGAAACAGCAGAAGCACCAGGAACUCGGGCCGUACAAAUUUACACACCAGCAGCUUGAGAAGGAAGGUGUCAUUCGCAAGAGUAACGUGCCAGAGAACCGACGAGCCAACAUCUACUUUAUGUUUAAGAGUCCUUUGCCAGGCACUUUUGUCAUCAGCCUGCAUUACAAAGGCCGUGCUCGUGGUCUUCUGGAGCUGGAUCUCAAGCUCGAUGAUCUGCUCGAAAUGCAAAAGGACAACCAGGAGGACUUGGAUCUGGAGUACGUCCAAUUCAAUGUCUCGAAGGUGCUUCUACUUUUGAACAAACGAUUUGCACGAAAGAAAGGGUGGUAG